AUGGCUGGGAGCAGGGCCACGCUCUGCACGUGGCUGGGCUGCCCCGGGCUGCUGGGCUGUUUCUUGCUGGGCUUCCUUGCAGGAUGGUUUACAAAACCGACUGAGAAAGCAACCAACCCAGAGGGUGUCUAUCAAAAUGUGAGACAAAAACUUAUUGCUGAAAUGAAAGCAGAAAACAUCAAGCAAUUCCUUCGUUCCUUUACAAAGCUUCCUCACCUCGCGGGAACAGAGCAGAAUCUUUUUCUUGCCAAACAAAUUCAAGGCCAGUGGAAGGAGUUUGGACUGGAUUCAACAGAACUAGUUCAUUAUGAUGUCCUUCUUUCCUACCCAAAUGAAAUGCAGCCAAACUACAUCUCAAUAAUUGAUGAUCAAGGGAAUGAGAUUUUCAAUACAUCGUUUUUUGAACCGCCUCCGCAGGGAUAUGAAAAUAUUACAGGUAUUCUGCCACCAUAUAAUGCUUUCUCAGCACAAGGAGUACCAGAGGCAGAUCUGGUAUAUGUGAACUAUGGCCGCACUGAAGAUUUUUUUAAGCUGGAGCGUGAAAUGGGAAUUAAUUGCACAGGAAAGAUUGUCAUUGCCAGAUAUGGGAAGAUCUUCAGAGGAAACAAAGUUAAAAAUGCCAUAUUAGCAGGAGCCCAAGGAAUCAUACUUUAUUCAGACCCUGCCGACUACUGCGCCCCAGGAGUAGAUGCUUAUCCAGCUGGCUGGAAUCUGCCAGGUGGAGGAGCCCAGCGUGGGAAUGUAUUAAACUUGAAUGGAGCGGGGGACCCUCUAACACCAGGUUAUCCUGCAAAAGAGUACACUUUCCGGUAUAAAGUUAAAGAAGGAGUAGGGAUUCCCAAGAUCCCAGUUCAUCCCAUUGGAUAUCAUGAUGCAGAAGUAUUAUUACGUGCAAUGGGAGGACCCGCGGCUCCAGACAGCAGCUGGAAGGGAAGUCUCAAUGUGCCUUAUAAUCUAGGGCCAGGAUUUGCACACAGCUUUUCUACAAGGAAAGUUAGAAUGCAUGUUCAAACAAAUAAUCAAAUCACACGAAUUUACAAUGUCAUUGGCAUCCUCAAAGGAGCUAUGGAACCAGACAGGUAUAUUAUUUUAGGAGGUCACAGAGAUUCCUGGGUAUUUGGUGGGAUUGACCCAACUACUGGGGUUGCUGUUCUUCAGGAGAUUGUUCGGAGUUUCGGUAAAAUGAAGAUGGAAGGUUGGAGACCAAAGCGAACUAUUAUUUUUGCUAGCUGGGAUGCAGAAGAAUUUGGAUUGUUGGGUUCCACAGAAUGGGCUGAGGAAAAUGCCAGAGUCCUCCAGGAGCGAGCAGUUGCAUACAUCAACACAGAUUCUUCUAUAGAAGGCAACUACACAUUGAGAGUUGACUGCACCCCCCUUCUCUACAAACUGGUGUAUAAUCUGACAAAAGAGAUUUCAAGCCCUGAUGAGGGUUAUGAAAAUAAGUCUCUUUACAAAAGCUGGCUUGAGAAAGACCCUGCAACUGAAAAUAAUAGUUAUCCCAGAAUAAACAAGCUAGGAUCAGGCAGUGAUUUUGAAGCCUUCUUUCAGCGACUGGGAAUUGCAUCAGCCAGGGUUCGUUACACCAAGAAUAGGAAAACAGACAAAUUCAGCAAUUACCCUGUUUAUCACACAGUGUAUGAGACCUUUGAAUUAGUGGAGAAGUUUUAUGACCCAACCUUCAGGAAGCAGCUGACGGUUGCCCAGUUACGAGGCAGACUGGUUUAUGAACUUGCAGAUUCCCACAUCAUUCCUUUUGACUGUCGAGAUUAUGGAGAAGCCUUGAAAGGAUAUAGUAACAGAAUUUAUAAAUGGGCCAAAAAAUAUGAACAACAACUGAAAAGUUAUGAAGUAUCUUUUGAUCCACUUUUUUCUGCUGUGGUGAAUUUCUCAAAUGCUGCUGCUGAGUUUCAUAGGAGACUUGAACAAACUGACACAAAUGAUGUGGUUGCAGUACGAAUCGUGAAUGAUCAGUUGUUGCUUGUGGAAAGAGCUUUUAUUGAUCCUCUGGGCUUACCAGACAGGAAAUUUUACAGACACGUCAUCUUUGCUCCAAGCAGUCACAACAAGUAUGCUGGCGAGUCCUUCCCUGGAAUCUACGAUGCCCUGUUUGACAUUGAAAGCAAAGCAGAUCAGCAUGGAGCCUGGGAAGAAGUGAAGAGGCAGAUUUCCAUUGCAGCCUUCACUGUGCAGGCAGCAGCAGAGACACUGAAAGAGGUAGCGUAGGAUGUUGCUCUGUGAAGAGCUCAGGCAAAUAGCAAAGUCUAAAGUUCACUGCAGUGGUCCUACUAUAGCAACACAGCCUCCUCU